AUGAUAAUCUUCGAUCUUCCACAGGAGCUAAUAGAGGAGAUAUUGUCAAUGGUUCCGAUGAUCUCUCUCAAACGACUACGGUCUGAAUGCAAACAGUUGAAAGAUCUACUCAAAGAUCCGAGAUUCAUCAAAAAGCAAAUUGCUUAUGCUAGAUCUAAUAGGCAGUAUCAUGUUCUCGUGGUGGUGAAAUUCAAAGUUUAUUCAAUGUGCUCCUAUAUCAACGAGAUUAACAUGACUGCUCCUCCCUUGUUUAAACGUGGACUUAACCUAAUCGAUCCUUGUCUUAAUUCAGAAGUCGAUCUAGGUCAAGCCUUUCACUGUGAUGGCAUGUUGCUAUGCGCUAGUACCAAAAGAAACAUGUUUGUGGUUUGGAACAUGUUUUCGGGACAAACUAGAUGGAUCAAACCACAGGAUCAUUGCCAUAGAGACGAUGUGUAUGCUGUCGGAUACAAAGACAAAGAGUUGUGCAGUGGCUACAAAAUCUUGAGGUUUUGGGAUAGACAAAAUCAAGAAUUCGAAAUCUAUGAGUUUACCACUAAGUCAUGGAGAAAUCUCGAUGUAAGUCCUAAAGGCAACUUACAAUCUCGUGGCGUGUCGUUGAAGGGAGAUGUUUAUUGGCUGUUUAAGCGGACAAAAAGGAAUAAAUACUCUCUACUUAGCUUCGAUUUUUCGACGGAAACAUUACAAUAUCUGUACGUCCCAUUUGAAAUGAGAGUAUGUAUACAUGCUACAAUGGCUCUAUCGGUUGUUAGAGAAAAACAUCUUUCUUUGUUACAUCAGAGAGGAUCGACACAAAAGAUGGAAAUAUGGAUAAGCAGUGAGAUCGAGACCACAUAUGUGUCGUGGAACAAGUUCUUGACAGUGGAUUUUACACCUCAUCCUCAUAUGUUUUCGUGUCACAUGAGUUUUUUCAUUGACGAGGAGAAGAAAGUCGCAGUGUGUUGUGAGAAAGAACAAGAGAAUAGGAUACUCAACAAAGUAUACAUUGUUGGAGAAGAUGAAUACAAAGUAUCUCCCGGUUUUGAAUUCAAUGAUAGUAGAAGCAUCUAUUGUUCCCCAACUAUGUUUGGUUAUGUUCCAAGACUAGUUUAAAUCUAGCCAUGUUAUUGAAAAUAUAUAAAUUGUCCUGUUUAAUGGACCAUUGUACUUUGUCUUCUUAAAACGCAUGCAAUUUUUUUAUUAUAAUAAUAUGUUUUUUAUUAUUAUUAUAAUUAAUAAGCAUUCAUCAUAUGCAUGAUACAAACUCGAGUUUUUUUUUUAUAACGCCAAUUUGCAAAUACCCUUGCUUUGAACAUUUCAUCAUAGAACUUGCAUCAUUUUGAAUGCUAACUC